CUAAAAGGCACAUUUACAGCUGGAAGCCUCAUUCUGUCGGAGGCACUCAAGCUCGUUUCGGUCACCCUGGGAGAUGUAUCAACAGCAAAGCCUGGCAUCUGAGCUCCAGACCCCAGCGCUGGAGAAAUACGGUCCCACUCAUCUCCCACAGGUGGGCCGGUGGCUUCAGAUCGCACAAUUCCCUGCCCCAGUGUGUGACCACUGUGAAAGAGAGGAAAAAGCACCAGGCUGCCAGGCUGAAGCUGACUCAGAAGCUCUGGCAUCUGCCACAGAGAGACUGAUGACCCUAGAGGAGCCAAAUACGUGACCUCAGUGAACAGGGACAGGGACAGACAGAGGAAUCGUGAGAUGUCUGUGGUGAUGGAUGAGUCCCUGCUGGAGCCCUGGGCCACAGGUCAGAUAGAUGAGAGUGUCCGAGAGCGAGUGAAAAGAAAAAGGGAUCUGAGCGAUGGAGUCGAGACCCCCACGGUAUUGCAGCUAAAGGCAAAUAUAGCUGAUGAGAGCUUGAUGAACUUCCUCAGAAAGGCUGGUGCAGUGGCACCAUCAUAUUACUUCUGUUUUGUGAAACAAGCUGUCCUGUGGAACAGAGGGCAGCAUCACACAGUAACCAGACAUGAGAAAUGCCCUCCACCCCCGUGUUCUCGUUUUCAUGCUCAUAUGGAGGCCUGGCCUGUUCAUUUUAGACCCCCACAUUUCCUAAACACGCAUCCCAGACCUGGGCCUAAUCAUCUGGGGCAAAAACAGCGACAGCGGAGUGCUCCACAACCUCAAAGAAGUCCAGAUGUCAGGAGGAACCAAAAUGUGAAUAAUUCCAGCAGGAGUGUAGUUCUACCGCAUGUAUCUGGAUGCCUUAAUCCAAACAGAGCUUCUCCAGAACUCCUGACAAGUCCUCCUCUGACUCUCAAAUUUGUUGAUCACCCUCAUAAAUCCCAAACCCCCAAUACACAUUUGCAACCGACAGAUGAGGAAGGAGAUGCAUGCUUUGCUUCACAAGAUCUGAAUCAAGGGCACCACGAACUGGCUGAAAAGGAGUCAAUGAGUCCAACAACUCUGUCCACCCCAACAACCCCAAGCAUCCCAGCCACCCCAACUACUCCUGGCACCCAAAGUACUCCGAGUAGCCUAGUUACUCCAGGCACACCAAGUUCAUCUGUGACCCCAAAUUCUCUUUCUGAUUUUAGCCGGCCUUCCUCAAGCCAGUUCAGCCGUAGCACUGAUCUGAACAGUAGCUUCUCAGAUGCCCCAUCAGAGAACUUCAGCAUUGACCAUUGUGAAGACAAUAAUACAGAUGACAAAGAUGUUUCUGACCUUGACCAGUGUAAUUAUUAUCAAGAGCGGUGCUCUACUUCUCUCCCCGAGCAUCACUUCACCUCUGCAGGUAGUUACAGUCAGGCCAGUUCACGAAUGGAUGUCCUUCAAGCAUGUCUCUCUAGAUCUCUCACCUCCUGCAAGCAAGAAACACCUUCCACUUGCUUGCCAGACACUCCAAUUUACACCUCCAAAACCCCUCAAUCUCUGCAAACCCCAGCCACCCAACAGUCCACAUAUGAAACCCUGCACAGACGCCCUGGAUCCAGCCAGUCUGGCCUAAGCAUUCAGGCACAAAAACCUGAAUACUUAACAGUGGAUAGUCGAUCAGAAUGGAACCUUUGGCCUGUGCUUCCUCCCAUCAUGCCACAGCAAGAUGAGCUGCAAGAUGAGAGUUUACUGGGAGGGACCCCUGACUCCCUUUCUGACAGGUCACAGUCUGAUAUCUUUGCUGAGCUGGAUGAUCUGGCCCCUCGCUCAAGUUCCUGUGCGUCUCCAGACCACCCAGCCGGGAGUCAAACUGACCGAUCCUCACCUGCCACAGAUCUGAGUCCUGGACUUGCAGCUUUAACUGUGGGAUGUGAUUCGGGUGAUCUGGGAUCUUUGUCCCGUGUGCAGCUCCUGCUUUUGGAGCGAAAAGGAUCUGAAAGUCCAUGUUCCAUCCCAAGCCCCGAAUGGUGUCGAACUCCGGACGGGGAGGAGUAUGAACCAGGCCUUAGAGUCUGGAGCUCGGGCAUUCCCCAAUAUUAUCAGUCCACGGUCCCCGACAACCGCAAACCAUUAAGUCGCACAAACAGCGGCCAAGAUUCUUUGGCAACUUUCAAGGGACGCAGAAAGCGCCCCGGGCUCAUCAGUGUGGGGAGUGUAUCGAGGACAUCAUCCAGUUGUUCUCUCAGCUCAAGGGUGUCUGAAAGCAGCUCUGGGAACCGGGAAAAAACCACUUGCGAGGAGCAAGGUUGUGAAUCCUCAGAUGAGAAUGUCCCGCUCUAUUUGUCGCCUCUCUCUCCCAGUGCUUUGCUGACAGAUAGCUCAACAAACGGCGGGACCAUACUGAUCCCGGUCCUGCAAGCUGAAAAGCACAGAAACAGGUCCGACAGACUCCGAGAGAAGAGGAAGAGGAAGAACAAGAAGACUGAGGAGAGGAAGACUAAAGCCCUGCAGAUUUACUCCAAGCUUCAGGACGGAAAAGACCAGACAGAGUCCACCCAUCAGAGCCCUUGCUCGAAGUUUGAGGACUUUGAUUUUCUGGCCAAGUACUGCAUCCUCAGUCAGGACAAGUUGUCCAUGUACAAAAGGGCUUUUGAGGCCGUGAGUAAAAAAAAAAUCGGACAGUUUCCACAUCAAAAAGAACGGUUUUGUUCAUUUUCAUACGCUGGUAAUGACAGUAAUCACUUAACUGUCACUAACCCUGACUGUGAUGCUCUGUGCCUGCAGGCUGAUAGUGAUGGAGAUGGUUAUCUGAGCUGUCUCCAAGUGCUGCUGGCAUUGAAAGAGAUCAUUCCCCCAGAACUUCUGACUGAAGAAGAGGAAAUAUAUGUGUACAGGAUUCUGGAGCUGGUUGAUUUCAGAGUGACAGAAGGCCUUACGGAUCUGCGUCUGUUUGCUGUAGUGGCCAGUCUGGCCCAGAAAAUAGCCACACUCGAUGAUUUCAUGCGCUCCCUCAUCAGCAAGAUGGAUUUCAAAUCUCUGGAGACGAAGCUUUGCAAAGCCAAGCAGUUGUUCUUGUUCCUGCUGGAGGCCCAAACAGGGGGUGCUGUGGUGCCAGAGGGCUGCAUUGGGGCAGAGCAGCUCCUAGUGGAGCUCAAGGCAGGGGGCAUCAGGCCUGAGCACGAGGCAUCGCACCCAUGUCAGUAACUCGCUAAAAAGGAAUAAACACUGUUUGACUGGCUGAACGUCAGAAACCCGGCACAGAUUUCAGUCGCUGCCCAAAAGCGAGCCAUCAUUGCUGAACAUAUAGUAGAGUGGAGAGGAGUGCUGUCUGUGGUACUGAAACGCUGUUUACGUUGCACUCUUCAGGGCCAAAGUCAAGCAGCUCAUAUUUCAUGCAGGCUACAGCCUUUAUUAACGCCAUUUGCAAUUCUGCAUAGACAGAGCGAAGAGUUUGUUCAGUGCGGUCGUCCAACUCCCAAUCAUGACCGAUAAUCACUCACCAGACCCGCAGGGCUAAGCAGAGGAAAGAGAAGAGCUCCGACAAGCACAGAGAGCACCGUCACAUUCAGGAACAACAAAAGUGAGCAUUUGUAUAAGAAAGCGGAGGGAAGGAUGGGGCAGGGGGGGAAUGAAAAGGAUCGAGGUAGCGAGAAAAACAGAGAACGACCGGUCUCAUUUAGCCUAAAGAAAUGGCCAUGGACAUUGGACAGUCGUGAAAAGCUUUCUGGGCACUCAUGAGGAAGUGAGUGCUGUCUAACAGUCUGCGUCUUUAGAUUUGCAAAGUCUGUAGAAGAAGUUGAGAGGCAGGGAUGGCAGCACUUUCAAAGAGAGUGAAAGGGAGGCUGGAGAGGAGCGAUAACAAGAAGUCCCCAUGAAUUUGAACAGGGAGAACAUCAGAGGGGCCCGGAUCACUAAUCAGUGUGGGUUACAUGCUGCCGCUCCCGUUCUAUUCAGGCGUGGCAUAAUGAGGAGGCAACAUUCUGCCACAAUGGGAUGGACACGCGGACGGGCUCCAAUGGGCUGCGCCGCACAGCUACACACGCACUGCAUUGCUCGCCGCCGUUCCCUUGGACACUGUUCAGAUGGAGCGUGAAUGGUUUGCGAGGGGGACUGGUGUCUUGUGUUUUCAGGUUAACCACGAAGAGCAUUCACAAUGGGAAAGAGUUUCAGCAUGAAAAUCACGGGGGGACUGCGUUGGAGACAAAAACAACGAAGCUGCACCAAGAUUAGACUAUUAAAACACAAUUGAAUUAAAAUUGAAUGGUUUUUGUUUUGCACUUUCUUUGUGAAAGUUGUUCCUUUCUGCCACGUCUCUUGAUUAAACAAGCUUGUUGGAGGGAAGCCACAGAUCUGAACGUGAUAUUUC